AUGGUUUAUUUUCAGGUCUUGGAAGGAGCUGACAUCCGCGAAAUGAUGACUGAGAUGAUGACCGUCCCCCUCGGCUGUGACCGGCCUCCGUUGUGGAAAAGUCGCCUCAUUCCUGUUCCCGAAGAUGCACGCUGUUGUCAUCCAGAGGUGAAGGCCGCCUUUCCUCACCAGUACGAUUUCUUCUUUCUGCCACACCAUGCGAUAUCCGAUGGCAAUACCAUGACGACCACCCUGAGGAAUCUCACAGCGCUGCUUGAUGAUGUGAUAGCUGGAAGAACCAUUAGGGAUGACGAACCUUUGGGGAUUCUGGCGGACUAUGAAGAAGUCUCGGCAUUAGAUGCGGAGAUUGUGAAGGAGCUGGAGAGGGACCCCGAAAGAUUCAGUGAGCUUAAGGCGGAGACUCUGGCUUGUGACACAGCGCCUAUCAUCCUAAAGGCUUUUCCCCCACCAGGAGGCAAGCCGGCAACCGGGUGCGUUUUCCGUAACGUGGAGCAGGAUGUGCUUGCUCGCUUUCGCUCCGCUUGCAAGGCCAAUGGAGUGUCUUUCAACAGUGGUUUCGAGGCCCUCAUUAACACCGCCUUAGUGGAAAUGGUGCGAGACGCCGGCGUGGAGGGCGAGGCGCACAGUAUCAGCAUCAACCUGGCCACGGAUCUCCGGCGGUACAUAAAGCCUCGCCCUCUGCCCAUCCUCGGCCUCUUCGCUCGCCCCACAGCGCACAGGAUCGAGACGCCCGUCGAUGUCCGAUCUCACUUCUGGGAUUACACUAAGGAGCUUCACCGGAAAGUCACUGGUCUCCUGAGUUCCAGCGGAGCCUUCAACCAAGACGUGGUUCGACGCCUCACGCAACCACCCGUCUCGGCUGAAGACUAUUACGCCGGGCCGCCUCUGCCGCUGCGGGACUACGGACUCACGAAUCUCGGAGACUUCACCGAGAGAAUUCCAGGAACAGGAGAACACCUGCAGCUCACGGACAUCACCAUGUUUGCUGCGAUUCCCCUGUCCGUCUACAUGAUGCUGCACCAGAUCUAUACGUUCCGCGGACAUUCCCCUUACACGCUAAGCUACGAUACUUCUUACAUGACCGAACACACAGCCACUAUGCUCGCCGAUGCAGUUCUGACUCUCCUGGAUGAAUUUGGCCGAUCCCAAAGCCAAGGGAACGGAAAAGGAAAGUAUGAGCUGGCUAAUACUUGAAAUGUAUUAUAUGCAUCCAAGAAAUGUUAGAUAUAUAACUGUCUUUG